CUCCCAUAACCUUAAAACAUAAACCGACUUUAAAAGUCUUAAAAGAUGGCAAGGCAGCUUUAUACGUUAUCCUUUCUUCACCUAGCCACCUUACUCUUCGUUUUACGGACAAUCUCAGCCGUCCGUUUCCCUCCUGGACCAACAACUACUAACGACCUAGAUUUCAUCCGUACGAGCUGCAACGCAACGCUCUACCCAGACGUGUGUUUCACGUCGUUAGCUGGCUAUGCAUCCGCCGUACAAUAUAACCCGGCGAGGCUAGCUAGGCUCGCCGUCGGCGUUUCCAUUUCCCGCGCAAAAUACACAACGGCUUACCUCUCAAAACUCUCACGCACCGUCGCCUCACCCGCCGUCCACGACUGCGUUUCCAACGUGGGAGACGCCAUGGAGCAGAUGCGUGGCUCCCUCCGUCAGCUCAGAGAAAUGAACCACCGUCGUCCCGGGGCUCCGACGUUUAGGUUUCAGAUGAGUAACGUGCAGACGUGGAUGAGCGCCGCGUUGACGGACGCGGAGACUUGUAACGAUGGGAUCACGGAGGAGAUGGAAGAAGGAGAGACGAAGACAGCCGUUUGUGAGAGAGUUGCCGACGUGAAGAGAUUCACGAGUAAUGCGCUUGCUAUAGUCAACACAUACGCCAAUAGUGGAGCCUAGCACUAUAGGCCUUGAUAUGAAGUUAUAAAUACUUUAUACUAAAGUAUGAUCGCAGUGUGCUUAGAUUUUGUGUGUAUUCGAGACUCUCAAAUCGAGUUUACUGAGUUGAUUGUAUUCAAAAUUCAAAAACAAAGUUUGAUUGUAUUAAUAGUAUAUGUCGUAUCUCUUGUGUGUAUGUACCAGCUGAGUUUAUAACAAUUUUUCCUACUGAAGUGAACAAAUGGAAUAUUAGUUUUU